AUGGAAACAGAUGAAAUACAAGAACACAUGAGACUUCCAGUAUGUGAGAAUUUGGGAUCGAAGAUUGAAGAAGAGAGGAAAGAAAAGACUAAUUUGUCAGGAUCAAAUUCAAUUAAUGAUAGUGGAUUACCUAAUUUUACUAGUUGGAAUUUUGUCAACAAUGAAAUAAAAGAUAAGUUGUUUGCAGAUUUUAUUAAACCAUCUGAAAACAAUAAUCCAAUAAAUGAGUUUAUGUUAGAGAAAUUGUUAAAUGAUUAUAAAUGGAAUAUUGAAGAAAAUUCAAAAUAUGAUUUUAAAGAUCUUAGUGAAACUCUUAAAAAGGGAUUAUUAAAUCAUCCUUGUAUUAAAACACCAUCAUAUUUUAAAUUUUAUCACAAUAAUAUGUGUAUAUGGCCUCAAUGUUAUAAACCUAUGUUAUCUAAAGGUGAUUACAUAUGUCAUGUAUUAGAUGAACAUAAAAAUGAUGCUGAAGGUCUUAGACAAUUUGAGGAACAAAGGAGAUAUACAAAGAUCCUUGAAUCAAUGUAUACUUCUAAUAAAAUAAGACUUCAACUAAUGUUGGAACAUUUAUGUAUGAAUACUACUAAUGGAGCAACAACACCAUUAAUUUCACCUCUCUCACCUGACAGUUUUUCUUUUGAUAGCCAUAAUAAUAAGAAUGAUGGUAAUUUUAAUCUACCGUUAUCACCAUUUUCAUCAGCAAAUUUUGAUGUACCAAGAUCAAUGAUUUGUGAUGACAAGACGGGAAAAAUACUUAAAGGAUCAAAACGUAAAUUUUCUUGUCCUAAUGGAAGCCUUAAAUCAGGAUCUAGAUUGACUAGAUAUGAUGAUUCUGAAUUUAUUAAAGAUCGUGAUUACUAUGCUACUAAUGAUGUUAGACCACCAUAUACUUACGCUAACCUUAUUCGCCAAGCAAUUAAAGAAUCGAAAUCAAAUCAAUUGACAUUAAAUGAAAUUUACCAAUGGUUUCAUGAUAGUUUUGUUUAUUUUCGUAGAAAUCAAGCAACUUGGAAGAAUGCUGUACGCCAUAAUUUAUCUCUUCAUAAAUGUUUUGUUAGAUAUGAAUACAAUGAUAGAGGAGCUGUAUGGACUGUCAAUGAUGAGGAAUACUUUCGUAGAAGACCUCAUAAUAAUAUUAGUAGAAGUGCAAGAUCAUCUCCAUCUAGAAAUGAUGAAACUAAAUCUCCACAACAUAUUGAUAGAAAUCAAUUAUUAGAUAAUAGUAAUGAUGAUCAACAUUUAAACAUAAAUAUCAAUUCACUUAGUGAAACAGAAAAAAAUGUAUUAAGUGAUGUGGUAUUUUCUAAAUUAUAUUAUCUUCCUUCUAUUCAUAGUGAUGUUAAGAAUAUUACUCUUGAAAAAAUUAGACGAGAAAAUGAGGAUGAAAAGUAUGUUGUAAUUGAUGGAGAUGAUAGUGUUGAACAAUUGUCUGAUUCAACUACACAACAAACUAGUAAUAAAAAAUUAAAUAUUAUGGAUGCUAUAUUAUCAAAAAAAUUAAAUAUACCAAAAGAUUUAAACAAUGAAAUGGAUGUUAAUGAAAAGGGAGAUACUGUAUCAGAGAUGAUAGACAACACUACUCCUAUUACAGUUACCGAGACAAAUGAUAAUACUGUUACUGUCGAAAAUGUUUGUUCAUCACCAAACAGCAAAAGUGCUGAUAUAAUAAAAGGAGAUGAUAAUAAUAAAAAUCAGGAAGAGUCUUUGUCUAAUAGUGUAAACAAAACACCUACAAUUAAUCAGGGAUUAACAGACAACUCAUCAAAUACAGGACUUCCUUUUGGACCAUGUAUUUAUCCACAAUCAAGAAACCAGAUGACAGAUCAUAGUUUUUACAAAACAUGUGAAAUGCUUUCUAGUAUUUAUCCAAAUUUUUCUACAACAGGUAUUUGUAUACCACCAUCAUUUGAUGGGUUAUCUCUUUCACAUUCACCGGGUAACUAUUCACAAUUUCUUAAUUCAAAUAUACCUUUAAACACAACAGCUAUCAAUAACAAGAAUAUUGGAAGUGAUAAAAAUGAUAACUUAGAUCAAUCAUUGGAUUUUCCUUUUAAUCAUGUCGUUAUACCAAGAUCAAGUGAAGGAUCAUUUAAUAAAGGAUCAUCUCAAAAUCCAACAAUAGCAACAAGAAGAGGUUUAACUUUAGGAGGAUCACCUAAUCAAGGAUCUACACAAAAUAGUCGUACUAGUGGUAAAACAAAAUCAACUUUAAGAAGUAUUCCAACAAUCUUUCCUCAACGAUCAACAGCCAUAGUCAACCCAAAACCAGGUGAUAGAUUUGUUCUCAAAGUUCAACCUGGUCCCAAAAAAGAUGAUGUUCCUUUUUCCACCACUUCAGAACCUAUAAAUAUUACCAAGGAAGGUGCACCAAAAACUUAG